CCUUUACACGCUGCCGUUGUUACGUUAUCAAAAGGUUAAAGAAGACUAGCUUUUAGCAAGCUAACAGCUAACAUCAAUCUCACAAAAUUCAGGUGAACUGUAAACAAGAGAAGCCCAACAGGAUGACCAGUGUGCUCUGCUGCAGAGCUCGGCUGGUGACGUACCUGCCUGGGCUUCACAUUCUAGUUCAUCGUGUUGUUGGAGCCAGGACUUUCUCUGGGGCGUCCGGCUCAGAUGAGCCACACCUGAACAACACAACCCCUGACACUGCACAAAGGACAGUGUGGCCAGACGAGACCAUGGGCCCAUUCGGACCUCAGGAUAAGCGUUUCCAGUUGCCGGGAAAUGUGGGUUUUGACUGUCACUUGGAGGGUCCAGCGGAGCAGAGGACUACCCCAAUCUACAGCGUGAUGCCAGACGUGCUCACUGCUCAGUCCAGCAGUGAGAGGCACGACUUCAUCCUGGCCCAGUUAAUCAACGAGCUUCAUGAAAGUGAUAAAGCAUCCACAGAACAGAACGUGGAUAAAGCAGAGCACUUUUUCGAUCAUUCUAUUGUGGAGUGUGCCAUUCAGUCUUGCCCUGAAUUGUUAAAGAAAGAUUUUGAGUCCAUGUUCCCCGAGGUCCCGUCGACUGGCAUGAUGGUGGUCACUGUGACUCAACGAACACAGAACGACAUGACGGCCUGGACUGAGCAAGUGGACCAGGAGAGAGAAGAGCUGCUUGCUAAAUUUGUUGAAGGUGCAAAGGAGAUAUGUCAUGCUCUCCGAACAGAAGGAUUCUGGGCUGAUUUCAUAGACCCAUCAUCUGGACUUGCAUUCUUCGGUUCAUACACAAACAACACGCUCUUUGAAACGGAUGAAAGAUAUCGCCAUUUAGGUUUUCAGAUCGAGGACCUGGGCUGUUGUAAAGUGAUUCGGCACGUAAUGUGGGGGACGCAUGUUUUUGUGGGCACACUUUUCACCACAGCGCCACCCAACAGCCAGAUCAUGAAGAAGCUACAAGGAAACUAAAGUUAAUUAGUUAAAGGAAACUAUUGGGAACACUAUUAAUAUCAAAAUCAAACAUCAGCUUUGAGAUGAUUAGUACAAUCAAAAACACAUUUACAUCCCAUUAUGCACUUAAUGAAGGUGCCCAAUGGCUGCUGCUGGAAAUGUGUAUUUAUUUUUGUAGAUCAAAAAGCACUUUUGGUGUGACUUUUAUUUUGGGUGCGUGUGCUACAGAGGGAAGUUCUGUCACAUGUCCAGCAUCUUUCAGUCUCUCUCUUCCUAUAUGUUGCCUUUCUUGUACUACAGACCUCAAAGAAACUAAAAUGUGACAG